CAAACCCCAACCGAUCCCCCACCCCCACCGCCGCAGAUAAAAAUCCAAAACAAAAAUCCAAGGCCGCGCCGUACGCCUCGCCCGGCCGAUGGCGCUGCAGCUCCAGCUGCCGCGUCCGCCGCCACUGCGGCUCGCAGCCGUCCGGCUCCCUUCUCCGGCCGCCCCGGCCCGUGGCGCCUCCGCCUCCGCGACCGCCCUCCGCGCCCGCGCCGGCGGCGUCGCGUUCUCGCUCCAGACGAACGUGCGCCUCCUCAAGCCCAACCGCCGCGUCCGCCGCUCCCGGGACCCCUACUACGACCUCGACGAGGAUGAAGACGACGAGGACCAGGAGUUCGAGGAAGAGGACGACGACGAGGGCUACGACAGCGAUGAUGAUAUGUCAGGUUUGGAAUAUCCUGGUGUACUCUAUUCAAACAGCCCUCGUGCUCCAAGCAAGAGGCCAGGACUGCAGACUCCAUUGAUAAAAGAAAACUGGGAAGGAAGACAACCCAAAACUCGUGAUAAAUAUGGCAGUCCGGAGAAAAUUAAGUCUCUGCAUCCUAGGAGUAAAGUGGGACGAUCAUCACCAGAUCUUAUGAACAUGGACAGUGAAGUAGACUUGAAAAAUGAAAGCAUUUCUCGAAGUUUGUUCCAGAAACUGCAAGAAGAAUAUGACUUCGAUGACAAAUGGUUACCACUGGUUGAUUACUUGUGCACAUUUGGACUAAAGGAAUCUCAUUUUACUUACAUCUAUGAGAGACACAUGGCCUGCUUUCAAAUCAGUCAGGCUUCAGCAGAAGAAAGGUUGGCUUUCCUGCUAAAUGCUGGGGUUAAAAGCAAGGAUAUGAAGAGGAUACUGGUUAGGCAGCCACAGAUUCUGGAAUACACUCUUAGCAAUCUGAAGUCUCAUGUUGAUUUUCUGGUGAGCAUUGGGGUUCCCAGUACACGAAUAGGGCAAGUUAUUUCUUCUGCUCCUUCGAUGUUCUCUUACAGCGUGGAGCAGUCUCUGAAGCCAACUGUAAGGUACCUGAUUGAGGAAGUAGGUAUUGAGGAGAGUGAUGUGGGCAAAGUAGUGCAGCUAAGCCCGCAGAUUCUGGUGCAGAAAAUUGAUAGUGCAUGGAAAUCUCGAUCUCUUUUUCUAUCAAAAGAAUUAGGUGCUCCCAAAGAUAGCAUUGUUAAGAUGGUCACAAAGCACCCUCAGCUACUUCAUUACAGCAUCGAGGAUGGAAUCUUGCCUCGCAUCAAUUUCCUGAGAAGCAUUGGUAUGAGAAACUCUGAUAUUCUCAAAGUACUGACAAGUCUUACUCAGGUUUUAUCUUUGUCCUUGGAGGGCAAUCUCAAGCCAAAGUAUCUUUACCUGGUUAAUGACCUUAAGAACAAUGUUCAAGCCUUAACAAAAUAUCCAAUGUACCUGAGCUUGUCUCUCGAUCAGAGAAUUCGUCCCCGCCACCGUUUUCUUGUUUCAUUGAAGAAAGCUCCAAAGGGUCCAUUUCCUCUUAGCUCCUUUGUGCCCACAGAUGAGUGUUUUUGCCAGAGGUGGGCUGGGACUAGCUUGGAGAAAUACCACACAUUCAGACAAAGCUUGCUGCUUACAGGUUUUGCUGAGAAGUCUGGAAGGAAAACAUUAGUCUCAAGACGGUAGAUAGCUAGCUGGUGGGAAAUGGGUUUCUUUUGAGCCUAUGCUCUUAACGGAAAUGGGCUUCAUAGCUGACUUGAUACUUUGACGAUCAGUGGGUUUAUAAUACUUCACUAACUACAGCUUAUAUUGUAUUGUUCAUAUCACCUCCCUUUACAUGGUGUAAAGUCUUCAUUAGAUUCCCCCCAUCAGUCGCAACUGAAUGGUCAUGAGAACUGUGUUAUGCCAGAAUGGUUGGCGGGACACUCAGUUGUCUAGUUCUAGGGCCCUAGGGGUAUCUCAACUUGAUUGCUAGUUACUGUUAACACAACUGCUGAACAAAAUGAUACUUCGUAGCCUAACGGUGUAAGAGGGACCAGUAAGGGCAGCCUUCUGGACCACUGUAAUCCUGCAAUGCCGUUUACCUUGAAAUUCCCUUUUUGUUAAGGCUUGUUAUCAUGAAUUACAAAAACUCUUGUACUUGCUAGUUCA